UCUGCUUCAGUUACUUCUUGCUCCGACAAGCUAAUAUCAACCACAGAACAAACACUUAUUUCUGUCACUUGGUUUCAGAAGCGCUAGCAACUUGACUGACUGAUGUGCCACAAGACCUCUUCAGAUCAUAAUGGACGGAGAUACAACAAUGUCCUUGAGAUCAACAGGAAGUGUGUUGGUGGUCUUUCUCUUCACUGUAACAGUGGUACUGGGUCAGGAUAACUGGGGUGUGACCUACUCCUCUCAGAGGAUCUGUGCCUUGAAGGGGUCAACAGUGGACCUGUCCUGCUCUUUCACAUAUCCCAGUGGUUACACAGUCACAGCAACUGAAUGGUAUUACUGGAAAUGGAUCUGGACUAAAAUCCCAGAUAAGUAUAUUGGUCAUGUAUUGUACCUUGGGAAUAAGGAUAAAGACUGCACCCUGAGAAUCACAGACCUGAGAGAGGAGGACUCAACAUUAUAUUACUUCAGUUUUAAAACUGGAUAUUCAUGGAUAUCAGGCUCCUCUGUCUACCUGACUGUCACAGAUCUUCAGGUGCAAUUGGGAGAACGAUACAAUAAGAAGACACUGACCUGUAUCACAUCCUGUUCUCUGACUGGUAACACCACCUACAUCUGGUACAAGAACGGACAACAGAUAGAUGAGAGCUCCUCCCCCCAGUACAAAGACCCAGUCUCCAGUAACUAUAUAGACAGUUACUCCUGUUCUGUUAAAGGUCAUGAGGAUCUUCAUUCUUCUACAGUGUGUAUCUUUGGUCAGUACUGCAACAUAUUAAAAUACACUAAGAGGAAAAUCUGUGCCUUGAAGGGGUCAUCAGUGGACAUAUCCUGUACUUAUGCUGGUUAUUAUUAUGUCACAUCAUCACUGUGGUUUAGUCCUAAACAGAGUGGUAGGGGGAGCGAUAAGUUGAUCCCUGAGGACCUAACCACAGACCCAGGGUAUGCAGGUCGGGUGGAGUAUCCUUACCAAGAGAGUAGAAGAUACAGUGGUCCCUUCACCCUGAGAAUCACAGAUCUGAGAGAGGAGGACUCAGCUGAGUAUCGUUUCACUUUUAAAACUAACUACUUUGAAUGGGGUCAAAGUUUCCCUGGAACAACUCUGACUGUCACAGAUCUACAGGUGAAGAUGAGUCCUGCUACAGUGACUGAGGGACAGAAUGUAACACUGACCUGUAUCACAUCCUGUCCUCUGACUGACAACCCCACCUACAUCUGGUACAAGAAUGAACAACCUGUUCAAGAGGAAACUUCCAGCUCGUAUGUUCACUACUUCAGUGAAAGAGACAGUUACUCCUGUGGUGUUAAAGGCCAUGAUAUCCUCCGAUCUCCUGCAAUGUGUCAGAAGUGUUGGAGUGUGACUUACACCUCUCAGAGUAUCUGUGUCUUGAAGGGGUCAUCAGUGGACAUAUCCUGUUCUUACACUUAUCCCAGUUAUCAUGAGGUCAAGAAAACUUUCUGGUUCACUAAAUGGGAUCCUGGUAAGGAGCCUGAAGAUUUAAUCUUGGUACCAGGGAAUGAGGGUCAUAUAGAUUACCAUGGAGAUAAGAAGAAUGACUGUACCCUGAGAAUCACAGACCUCAGAUUAACUGACUCCUCUGAGUACAGGUUUAGAUUCAUUACAUCUGGAGGACACUUUUCUGGCUCCCCUGUCUCCCUGACUGUCACAGAUGUUGUGUUGGAGAUGGAGCCUACAUCUGUGUCAGAGGGGAACAGGGUCACUCUGACAUGUACAACUAAAUGUAGUCUGGACCCCAACCCAGAAUACAGUUGGUAUAAGAAUGGACAGCCUAUAGAAAACACCAACACCAAAUCUACUGUCCAUAUCCUCUCAGUCAGCAGUGAAGAUGCAGGCAGAUACUCCUGUGGUGUCAAAGGUCAUGAGACUCUCUUCUCUCCUGAAGAAACUCUCAGUGUCACAUAUGGCCCAAAGAACACAUCAGUGUCAGUCAGUCCCUCUGGUGAAAUAGUGGAGGGCAGUUCAGUGACUCUGACCUGCAGCAGUGAUGCCAACCCCUCAUAA